UACCGGUGGGCGGAUCCAUUUUCUCGACCACAUAACUGUGGCCGGCCACAGUGGCCAGCGAUAGAAACCGUUAUUUCAAAUGGCAGCAUACAACACUCGAGCCACUUUCAGUUGCCGCCACCUUGUCACCCGCGUUACACUGUCACUCAGUCAACUAUUCGUAACGUGAGUGAAGAAGGUGGAAGGCAUGUCCAAGUUAUUUGACUGUGAGGUAUUGAUUGCAGAGGUCGAGAAACGACCAGCUCUGUACGAUUUCCAGCUAAAGGAAUACAGUGAUAAGAAUCUGAAAGAAAAGUUGUGGACGGAAGUGUGUGAGGCGGUGGUCACUGACUGGACUGGUCUUUCGCCUGGAGAAAGAUAUGAGAAAGGAAAGCAAUUGCAGCGAAGAUGGAAAUCUCUGAGAGAAUGCUUCAGGAGGGAGUUAAAAUUGCAGCAAGGCAGCUCAGGAGAUGGUGCCACUAAAAAGAGAAAGUACAUUUACUUCGACCAACUCUUGUUCCUUACUUCAACACUCACCGACCGAGACACAUCAUUCAAUUAUGUAGCAGCUCAGUAUGAACAAGACGAGGAACACGAAGAAGGAUACACGUCGAGUAAUUCUGCGAGUGCCGAUGUCCCUAAAAGGUCAAAUGAGCAGAGAAAAAGUAAAGAAUAUCCCCAAAAGAAUUAUGAAGAUCUCAUUAAUAUAUUGAUAGAAAAAACAAAAGAAGAUUGUGAUGAGGAUAAGGCAUUUCUGAUGUCACUAUUGCCAAAGUUUAGGAAGUUUAAUGACGAGCAAAGGUUUGAGGCACAGAUGGAAAUAAUGAAAGUGAUGAGAAGAGUACAGCUGAUGUCAACACAAGGUCCGUCUACUUCAGACCACGGAGAUGUGCCUGCCACCAGCACCUUUUAACCCUUUGUGUUGCAUCAUCAUAUACAGAGACCUGCCUGCGCAUGGUGAGAACCUGAUGCAUCACCACCAGCCAGGUGAAGGUCAGCCCUCCAAGAACCUCAUUCAUCCCCGUGGUGACAGUCACAACAAUAAAAAUUAUCAACGGUCUCUACAUCAUGCACGUCCAUGCAGGUCAAGAGUGUUCACAGUCAGCGAUACAGUACUGAUGAAGUGUCACCUGUUGUUGUUGGUGGUGUUAGGACCGCGAAGAGAUAUGGAUCUUUGAGCCCUGGGGUAGUCCUGUGUGGGUCUCACAGGCGUGGUAGCUGGCCGGUCUUCUGCAAGAAGGCAUAGGUAAGGCGAAGGACAGUAUUGAAAUAUGAGUAUGACCUUCACACGCAACUUGUGUUCAGGACAGAAUGGAUAAGCUUCUAUACUCUCAAAAUAAAUGUUUAAUUUUUGUUUCUCAGUUUUGUAUAGUAAGUGAUUAUAAUGUGGGUUGAUUACUGAAUACAGUAGUUUUGUUAGGAAGUAGAAAGUGGAAAUGUUGUGUAACCUCAUAGACUGCUGAAUUAUGUCAAUAAAUUGCAUUUAAUAUGA